AUGUUAGACCGGCGCCAAGACUCGUCGGCGAGCUCGGGCAGCGAGAGCGAGGCCGAGUCGACACUCUCGUCGGGGUACCAGACGCGAGAAUGCGCCGUGCCCGGCUAUGUCGCCACCCAUCCCGUGUUCACCGCGACCGGCUUGCUGGACAUGCUGGGCGAGGACGCGGAGAUCAGCUUCCCGUGCGAGCCGGACACAUUCUUCAAGGUCAUGAGUGCCGCGACUACCAUCUACGAGGCGACACCGCCGAACAUCGAGAAGCUCGCCGUCGCCGCGUUCCUUACUCGGUUGUCGCGCCUGAACGAAUGGGCACACUAUGACCGGCGCAAGCCCACCACCCGCGCCCGUCGCCGUCGCGACGGCACGCCCACCGAGCAAAGCAGCGGGCCCUCGCCCGAACCUGCUGUGCCCCACUUCUCUCGCUUCUCGCGUCCGUCGUCAAGCCUCACCGUCAUCGGAUCCGAGGAGACGGUUGCCCCACGCACUGUAGCAACGAAGCAGCACCUCGACGAGGCGGUGGCUUCACUCCAGGGCGAUAUCGCACAGGGCUUUGCACGCAUCGAAGGCAAGAUGGCAGAAAUGCAUGCGACGACCAGGCUGGGUGCAACAGCCCCGCAGCCACUGCGCGAGGAAGCACAGACACUGCAGAACAUCACCCGCCUGCUGUCCAAGCUCGAGUUACAGGCCAACCAGCUCGCCAACAACCUCGACCUGUCCGUGCGGAAGGCCGAGCGCCGCAGUGCCCACCAGCUGCCCGUGUCGCGCGAGGAGUUAUGCGUCCGGCUUGCGGAGAUGAGUGGCGAGCUGAACGACAUCAAGUUACUCCGCACGGGCAAGGCAGACAAAGGGGUUGCGCCAGAGAUUGUCGUCACGGCCGCCAAGUCAAGGGCGUCGUCAAUCGAGGCGACACCAGCUGGAUCCAAGACAGACGUGCCGUCUACCCCGCCAGUGGCCUUCAACCCCGCUCCCACAUCGCAGUUCACCUUUGGCACUGUCUCACCGGUGGCUCGUGCCUCAUCCUCGUCAACUUCUGCUGAGGGGAAGAAGGAUGCCAAGGCGUCUGUCCCCACAACCGCGUCCGCUUCGCUCGGUGCGGCAAUGCUAGCCAGGGCGACAACCCCCUCAACCGAGCAGACUGCCCUUGGUGAGGCAGUGAUGCUGUUCAAGAAGCCCAGCAGCACCGCUCUCCGCCCGACUGCCAAGCCGUUCGUCGUUGGGGCUGGUGAUGCAGCCUCACCCGCGACCUCCCCACGCCCCGCGUGGACGUGCGAUAUUUGUUUACUCAAGAACCCCGACUCGGCCUGGAAGACGUGCCUCGUCUGCGAGUCGCCACGCCCAAGCGCGGUUAGUUCUUCUGCACCUGGUCCUCUCAGCACUCCGGCUACCACCGCCACUGGAGCGACCUCCUUAGCGACAUCCUCAGGUCCCCUCUGGGAAUGCGACACGUGUGCGCUUCACAACCCCGACUCGGCCAAGGAGAAGUGCCUCGUCUGCGAGGCACCUCGCCCUCAGGUGCAGACCGAGUCUUCGUCGUCCGCCACAGCCACCGGGAGCUCAGUCGCUCCUGCCACAACGGCUCCCCCCCGACUCGUUCUUACCCAAACCACACCCCGGCUCACAUUCACCUUCGGCAGCGUCACCCCGUUAAGAUCAGACCCGUUAACCGUGCCCUCAGUGGCUGAUGGCGCGGCGUUCAGCAAGUACGCGGGCAGACCGACGGCGCUGGCCGCGUCCAAGGGCGACUCUGCUCUCAGCGAGGCCGAUCCCAAGAAAGACGGCGCAAAGACCGUGCUUGCCACCAAGGGCACGCGCUCCUCCUUCAAGACUGAUACGUCCAAGUCUGUCGACGACGCUCAGCGCCAGCACGGCCACCACCCUUAUGCUCCCGUGCCCAACUUACCCUCCCGCCACCCCAGCCAGGUGAGACGGGCCAUUCCUCCUCCUUCCGAGGAGAAGACGGACAAGGCGGACAAGGGCAAGACCAAGCAAGACGAGGGCGUGAACGAGGUUGGAAGCGAGGUCCAGACAAAGCCUGCCACCUUGGUCCUUUCUAUCCCUGUCAUCGAACCUAUCGCGCGUCCCGGCACCCAGCAAGGCUCUCGCUCUCCGUCCCCGCUUCCUUCGAUCACGGAGAUUGACGAGCACGAUGAGCCUCAGCUGAUUCGGGCGUCUGGGAGCGCGGCGAUCAACCUUGCGGAGGCCACGCUCGGGGCAGCCCCUAGGAGCUUCUUGGACACUGCUGCCACCCAGACGUCAAACCACCCGCUCUUCGCUCAACCUCCCAACCCGCCGUCGUACAGGACUUUCAACCCUUCCGGCUCAUACUUCCGCGAGAACAGCUUCAGCACGAACCCCUCACACCGGCCGUCUACCACACUGAGCUCGAACCAGCGCGAAAACAGCUUCAGUACCAACCCUUCUGGCAACCUGCCCCCGUUCGGGGCCACAGCACCUGUGCCCCCUCCAGACCUGUGGGCGCAGACCCGCCCGCCCGUCUCCAUUCCCUCCCCAUCCUUCUCAUCGCCCUUCCCUCUGUCUUACCCUCCACCCCGCCCGUUCGGCCGCUCAACCAACCCAUUCGUCAACACUCCGCCCCCGCCGCCGGCGUACCAGCCCGGCCAUGGCCUGAUCGGCCAGCCUGGCGGAGCAGGUCAGCCUAGCGGCCUCGCAGCUCAACCCGGUGGGUUCGGCUUCAGCGGUCUGGCUGGUCAACCUGCCAGUCAGGCAGGCCGGCUCACGCCCGCCGCGCCAGUGUUCGUCCCCGCCGCGGCUGGACCCCUGUUCCGCCCGCCCCCGCCACCGACGAGCAACUCGAACCUGAACCCCGGCGAGUGGACCUGCAAGCGUUGCACGCUCAUCAACGCUCCCCCGUCGGCGGCCUUCUGCUCGUUAUGCGAGGCGCCGCGCGACCCCGGGUGGGAGGCACCUCGCACGAGCGGCUUCCAGUUCUCAUCGCACCCGUGGCGUCCGAUCUAG